GCAGCAGCAACAGCCGGUGAUCCAGCAACCCCAAAUGCAACCCCAACAAAUGCAACCUCAGAUGCAGCCAGGCGGUGCAUAUGCAAACAUGAGUGAGGGACGCUCUGUUUUUGAGGUGCGAAGAGGACAGUAUCGACAAGGAUAGUGAAACUUCUGAGGACCUAGUAGAACUGGUACUCAAUUUUCGACUUCUUUCCACUCAGUCCUCGUUUCUGUCAUUUUGGGUAAGUCUUCGAUGUUCGUAGAACUUACCAUUCGGAGCAGCAAUUAUUCCUAUACUCUGGUGGCACUGAUCUAUGAUCGAAAUGAUUACUCAAGAACAUAAGAAUUACUCAUACGCUUUACUAGCCUUGCUUAGGGGCAUAUCUUCAAUAUCGCAGAAGCCAGCAUGGUCUUCUUUUCCUACACUUCAUUCGCAUAAAGAUUCUCUAGUAGGGCUACUUGAUGACUUGUAGAUCAUAGACUAGUUCUAGGUCUACUUCUUGGGACGCCAUCAGCAUCAUGGUGGGCACAUGCCUCAGCACAUAAUUGAGCUGUCAUGCCUCAGCACGUGCCCCAGCAAAUGUCAUCAUGAUGCGUACAUGCCUCAGCACAGGCCUACUUGGGACGCCACAUGGUGCGCACAUACUUGAGCUGUCACGCGCAUGCCUCCUUGGCAUAGACGUAGCUGCUAGCCAGCAGUCGCGUAGUGCAAAAGUCUUGAAA